AAGAGUGAGGAAGAAGAGGCAGAAGAAGAAGAAGAAGAAGGAGAAGUGAGAAGGCCUGGACACCACCCCUUCUCGCCCUUUGGAGGUCUGUCCACUCUCCCCACCUGGCCCUGCAUGGACGGGGAUGGGGAGAGCCGGAUGCUGUUGCCACGGGGCUGAGCGCCUCGCCUCCCCGUCUCUGGUGCGCCGCUUCCGGCCACUGCUGCUGCUGAUCAUCGCUCUCUGCUGCGGUGCUCACUUAGGUCAGUGCCAGGUGGCCACCCCUCAGUGCCGUAUCCAGAAGUGUACCACCGACUUCGUCUCCCUGACAUCCCACCUGACGUCGGCCGUGGAUGGCUUUCACACUGAAUUUUGCAAGGCUUUACGUGCCUACUCGGCCUGCACCCAGAGGACGGCCAAGUCCUGCCGGGGAAACCUGGUCUUCCACUCGGCUGUGCUGGGCAUCUCCGACCUCAUGAGCCAGAGGAAUUGCUCCAGAGACGGGCCCACUUCCUCCACACACCCCGAGGUCCAACACGAGCCCUGCAACUACCACAGUCGCACCCAGCACGCCCACACGCACUCCCACAUGCAUGCACACACACAUUCCCACGCUCACGGCCACGGCCACUCCCGGCCGGCGUACCUGUUCUGUGGGCUGUUUGGGGACCCCCACCUGAGGACAUUUAAGGACAGCUUCCAGACUUGUAAGGUGGAGGGGGCGUGGCCUCUCAUUGAUAAUGACUAUCUGUCAGUGCAGGUCACUAAUGUUCCCGUGGUGCCCGGCUCCAGUGCCACAGCAACCAAUAAGAUCACCAUCAUCUUCAAGCCCUUCGAGGGUUGUACAGACCAGCGGGUCUACCAGGCGUUCACAGACAACCUCCCUGCUGCCUUUGACGAUGGAACCGUGAGCAGCGGAGACCCCGUCCACAAUUCUGCUGUAGCAGAGGGUGCAACUGGGAAGGUCCGUGCUCUGUGGAUCUCUGAGCGCAGCCCGGGGCGCCACGUGGAGCUGCACGCUGGCUACAUUGGCGUAACUGUAAUCGUUCGGCAGCUGGGCCGCUACCUGACCCUGGCAGUGCGAAUCCCGGAGGAGCUGGCUCAGGCCUACGAUGCCACCCAGGACCUGCAGCUCUGUCUGAACGGCUGCCCCAGCGGAGAACGCAUCGACCAGGCCGGGCAUCUUCCCCUGCCCCUCUCCCCUCCUGCACUCGGCUUGCAGCUUCAGCAGCUGCGUCGGCCCAGCUACUCCUCACAGACACAAGCAUCGCCCUACGGUGCCAUACAGGUUUUCAGCGUGGAGGGGGCGAAGGAACGCUGCCGGGAGCAGCUGGAGGUGCAGGACAUUUACUUCCACUCCUGCGUGUUUGAUCUACUGACCACUGGGGAUGCUAACUUCACAGUGGCGGCGUACAGCGCCUUGAAGGACAUGGAGAGUCUCCACCCGCACCGGGAGAGAUGGAGGAUUUACCCCCGCGGCUCUGCCACCUCCACUUUACACUCUGAUUCUCAACCUACCCAACGGCUCGCUCUGCUCCUGCUGUGUGCGCUGAGCGUGGUGCUGAUGUAA